AUGGCCUCCACUGCUUACGUCCCUACCCUCACGCUUAGGGGAGGACACUCUGACACUAUCAACGUCCUCGCCUUCUCACCGGAUAGUACCUACCUCGCCAGCGGAGGUGACGAUGGGGCUGUGAUCAUUUGGGAUGUCCGCACCGGCAACCUCUUGUACCGCCUCUCAGUCGAUAGCGUCGUCGACAGCAUUUUAUGGCAUCCCGUGCACAAGGAGACGAUUAUUGUCGGCUGCGAGAGCGGCGCAAUCCGGCAAGUACGCUAUUUCUCUCCGAUACGCAGCGAGGUCUACGACCUUGAUCUUGGAGGACAAGCGAACGUCUUCGAUAUGGACUAUAGUGCUAUGACGGCGUGUCUGGCAGCUUCGAUCGGGCUUGACGUCGUCAUCGCAAAAGAGACUUCCCCUAAUCGCUACAGUGUCAGCAUGCCGCUGCCACGUCUACAAGAGAGUGUCGGCACAGGGGACAAUGCGGCCGCGUCGAAGAACGUCGAUACAGAAGAUAGCGCGGUCGCGUUGAGAUUCGACAAGCACGGGCGGAUUCUCGUGACCACAUAUACGGUCAGCGGAAUAGUUUGUUGGGACGUGCAAACUCGGCAGCCGCAGUGGCGCAUUGUACCGCCUGAAGCUUACCCUUCUAUGGGACACUCGGCGAUAAGCCCUGGCUUCCGCUUCAUCGCAGUCCACAACCUCCGCGACGGUGUGCAUCUCUACUCAAUGGGCGGACACGAGCAGAGGCCUCGUCGUCUAUUGAGAUUUACCGAUCAGCCGCUUCCACGCAUUGCCUUACAGACGGCCUUCAUCCAUGAGGGUCGGGCAGUUGUAUGCGGUACAUCCACAGGAGAUGUGUGUAUUUGGCAGACAGGCACCGGGGAGCUGUUCCAGUCGCUGUCGCAUCAAGAGGACAUCAUUAUGGCCGUCGCAAGCUGCAGGAAGGGAAACAUAUGUUAUCUUGCCACGGGAUCCGCCACAAUGGGCCCUGAAACUUAUAUCAGAGUAUGGCGCGCGAAAAUCCCCAGCUUACAGCAAAGGCCCGAGUCGUUCGUAGAGGCAUUUUUAGUGGGUCUCAACUUGAAGUCUGAUCGACUGAUCCCUACGGUGGAGGAACUGCGGGCAGUCCUUCGCACGAUUGCGGUUCUAACGAUAUCCCUCGGACUCUGCUGGAUCUCUCUGAAGAUGGGCAUUCUCGUCCCAUGGGGCGACUGUGGUCGCGCAAUGAUCCAUGGUGCUCACUUCGUAUGGUCGGCUCUGUUGCACUGCUGGAGAUGGGGCGUGUACGCUGCAACAGAUGUUUAUCUGGUCGGCGAAAGCGUGGCUCGCCAGGUGCUAUACGUCGCAUCGGAGUGGGUAAGGGGGCAAGCACUCAGGGCUCUCGGGCUUCCGCUGGAUAUCAUGGAAAGGCUACCUCCGCCUCAGUAG